UAAUUGUCUUCUAUUAACUCCAACUUGCAGAUUUAACUGCUAUAUCUCGAAAAUGGCGGAUACUCGCAAAUUCAAGGCUACAGAUUUAUUUAAAUUUAAUAACAUUAAUUUAGAUCCUCUAACAGAAACUUUCAAUAUCUCGUUUUACUUGUCAUAUUUGAACCGAUGGCCAAGUCUAUGCGUCGCGCAAGAAUCAAUUGCCUCAGAAAGUAGCUCUUUAAUGGGCUAUAUUAUUGGGAAAUCAGAAGGAAAGGGAACAGAUUGGCAUACCCAUGUUACAGCUAUCACAGUUGCACCCAGUUCUCGAAGACUAGGUUUGGCAAAGACUAUGAUGGAUUACCUAGAAACUGUUGGAGAUUCUGAAAAAGCCUACUUUGUUGACCUGUUCGUUCGAACCAGCAAUGCUUUGGCAAUCAACUUUUAUAAAGGAUUGGGUUAUUCCGUAUAUCGUCGGGUAAUUGGAUAUUAUAGCAAUCCUUAUGGAAAAGAUGAAGAUUCAUUUGACAUGCGCAAGCCUCUUGCGCGAGAUACGAAACGUCAAAGUGUUCGUGAAAAUGGAGAGUACUGUAAUUGCAGUCCUAACGACGUUGUUUUUUAAAUGAAACAGGUAUGAUGGAAGUAUAGCAAAAUACCAUUGUCCUUUAGAAAUUUUGAAACAAAUUGAACUUUUCCCUAAGUAUUUGAUCGUACACAUACUUCAUCCUUUCGCUCUUUUAUGGUUGAACGUUACUUUCAUAAAUUCACCUAACUAAAAUUCCGCUAUCCGCUUUCAUAUCAUUGUAUAUUUUGAACAAAAUUAAUUUACUUCUAAAUUAUCUGUUGCUGCUCUUGGUAGACCUUAUAAAGCAAUCAGAAGUCAGUUAAUUGACCUCUUCAGCUUCCUAAUGUUGUAACCUUCUAAUAACAUCAAUAAAAAAUUUACGUUUCCUUUCUCAA